UUUUUCUUCGUCUGUCUGUGUACUGUGCAGAAUCAGCGCAUUAGUUCGAAACACCAACAUUCCAGUGCUGUACAGCAAGGUUCUACUGGCCCUUCUGUGUACAGCAACAUUCUACUGGCCCUUCCUCUGUGUACAGCAACAUUCCACCGGCCCUUCCACUCCGUACAGAAUAACUAAUAUCUGGAACGCUUGGAAUAAGAAACAACAACCUUUAUAAAGCCGCCCCCUCCUCUUUGUUAAGGAAGGGGAUUUAUAGGGACAUUGCCUGUUUCUAACACCAUGGCCGCUGCAGCUGUGCUCACAGUAUCGGUGCUGUUAGGGUUAGCGUGUUCUUUCAAUUUGGAUGUGGACAGCCCAUUUGUUAAGUCGGGUGACCAGGGAAGUUACUUUGGAUUCGCUGUAGACUUUUUUACGCCUGAUGCCUCAACGGCAUUUUUGCUGAUCGGAGCUCCUAAAGCAAACACCACUCAGCCAGGCAUUAGUGAAGGAGGAGAUGUAGUUAAAUGUGAUUGGAAAAGCUCAAACUGCCAGCGUAUUGUUUUUGACCCUAAAGGAAAUAGAGAUUAUGCGCCAAAUGAUCCCAUUGAAUUUAAGUCUCAUCAGUGGUUUGGAGCUACUGUACGAUCUAAAGAGGAUACAAUAUUAGCUUGUGCACCACUGUAUCACUGGAGGACAGAAAAGAAACAAGAGAGAGAACCUGUUGGGACAUGCUACUUGCAGAAUGGGAGCACAGUUGUAGAAUAUGCACCUUGCAGAUCUUCAUCUAAAGGCGAUGCUCCACAACAAGGAUUUUGCCAAGGUGGAUUUAGCAUUGACUUUACUGCAGGAAACAGAGUACUUCUUGGAGGACCUGGUAGCUUUUAUUGGCAAGGUCAGCUCAUUUCAGACCCAGUAGAUGAGAUUGUGAACAGAUACAAUCCAAGUGUAUACAGCAUAACCUAUGCAAAUCAAUUGGCAACUCAAGAUUCUAGUCCACAGUAUGAUGAUAGCUACCUUGGGUACUCCGUAGCAGUGGGGGAUUUUAAUGGUGAUGAUAUAGAAGAUUUUAUAUCUGGUGUUCCAAGAGCAGCAAAAACAUUAGGAAUGGUUUCCAUUUAUGAUGGCAAGAGUAUGAAAUCACUAUAUAAUGUAACUGGAGAACAGAUGGCGUCAUACUUUGGUUAUUCCAUUGCCGCAACAGAUAUCAAUGGAGAUGGUCUUGCAGACUUAUUCAUUGGAGCACCACUAUUUAUGGACCGUGGAUCGGAUGGCAAACUUCAGGAAGUUGGCCAAGUAUCUCUUUAUCUUCAGCAAAGUGGAAGCGAACCUCAGUUCCUGUUAAAGCUGACAGGCUAUGAGGUAUUUGCAAGAUUUGGCAGUUGCAUUGCACCACUGGGAGAUGUGGAUCAAGAUGGUUUUAACGAUAUUGCCAUUAGUGCACCUUAUGGUGGUGAAAAUAAAAAAGGUCUUGUUUACAUUUAUAAUGGAAGAGCCUCUGGUGUGAGUACUGUGCCCUCCCAGGUUCUUGAGGGUCAGUGGGCUUCAAAUGGUUUUCCAGCUAGCUUUGGCUACUCCUUAAGAGGAGCUACAGAUGUUGACAAAAAUGGAUAUCCAGAUUUAAUUGUUGGAGCUUUUGGAGUAGACAAAGCAGUAUUAUACAGGGCCAGACCAGUUAUUCGUGUUAAUGCCAUUCUGGAUGUGAAUCCAUGGAUAUUAAAUCAGGAGAAGAAAGAAUGUAAACUUGGUAAUAUUGAUGUUUCCUGUUUUAAUGUGAAAUUCUGCUUAACUGCUACCGGGAAAGGAAAUGUGCCAAAAGAUCUUACAUUCCACGUAGAACUGUUACUAGAUAAACUGAAGCAGAAGGGUGCUGUACGAAGAGCAUUAUUUCUUCACAAUAAGCAAUCCAGCCAUUCUAAGAAUAUGACUAUAACAAAUGGAGGAUCUAUGCGUUGUGAAGAACUGAAAGCAUAUUUACGGGAUGAGUCUGAAUUUAGGGACAAACUUACACCAAUAACAAUAUUCAUGGAAUAUCAAAUGGAUUCUACUUCAGCAGCUGACUCAUCUGGAUUGUUGCCUAUCUUAAAUCAGUUUACACCUGCAAAUAUAUCCAAACAGGCACACAUUUUACUGGAUUGUGGUGAAGAUAACGUAUGCAAACCAAAUCUGAUUCUUUCAGUACAUAGUGAGCAGAAGCAGAUUUUUAUUGGAGAUGACAGCCCUUUGACCUUACUUGUUAAUGCCCAAAAUCAAGGAGAAGGUGCUUACGAAGCAGAGCUUUUUGUAGAGAUACCACACCAGGCUGAUUUUAUUGGUGUCGUUAGGAACAAUGAAACCUUAUCAAGGUUGUCAUGUGCCUUCAAGACUGAGAAUCAAACGCGUCUUGUGGUAUGUGAUCUUGGAAAUCCAAUGAAGGCUGGGACUAAGAUCCUGGCUGCUUUGCUUUUUAGUGUUCACCAGCAUUCUGAAAUGGACAAUUCUGUGAAAUUUUCCUUGCAGAUUAGAAGCUCAAAUCAAUAUGACAAUUCAAGCCCAGUCCAAUCUAUAGAGAUUGCUCUUGCUGUCUCAUCAGCUGUUGAAAUAAGAGGAGUAUCCACACCAAAUGAAAUAUUCUUGCCAAUUGCAAACUGGGAAGUGAAAGAGAAUCCAGUCACGGAAGAGGAUAUCGGUCCAUUAGUUCAACAUGUCUUUGAGCUGAGGAACAAUGGUCCAAGUACAUUUAGUAAAGCCAUCAUGAUUCUUAAUUGGCCCUUCAGGUAUAAUAAUAACACAUUGUUAUACAUUGUAACCUAUGACAUUGAUGGACCCAUGGAGUGUACCAACAAUCUGGAAAUCAAUCCAUUACAAUUUAAGCUUACUGAUUCACAGGCAGAUGAGAAAAAUGAAACACGUGUUAAUGAAAAUCGCCAACGAGAUCGACGUGAUGUAACCGUGGCAGAAGGAGACAUUCAGGCAGUUGGCUGUGACUCCUCUGAAUGCCUAAAAAUUGAAUGUCACGUCGGACGAGUGGAGAAGGGAAAGAGUGCUAUCCUGUAUGUUAGGUCAAGACUUUGGACUCCUACCUUUAUGAAUAGUGAGAAUCAGAAUCAUUCAUAUUCAUUGAAAUCCACAGCUUCAUUCAGUGUUGUUGAAUUCCCAUAUAAAAACGUGCAAAUGUUUGAUAUAGCUAAUAAGACAGUGGUUACUACAAAUAUUCUAUGGGUUAAUCAGACCUCCGGAGCACCAGUGCCAGUGUGGGUAAUUAUCCUUGCAGUCUUAUCGGGAUUGCUUCUACUAGCAAUUAUGGUUUUGAUAAUGUACAAGGUUGGUUUCUUCAAACGGGUACGACCUCCGCAAGAAGAGACUGAAAGAGAGCAACUUCAGCCACAAGAGAAUGGAGAAGGGACUACAGAUGCUUAAUUGAAUAUUUUUUAACCACCCAUGCAUAUUAGAUCCAAAUAGGCUAGUUCAAAGCAAGUGGAUUAGAGCUGUAUGAAAGCAGGACAAAUUCUAUAAACUAAACUUAUAACAAAUUAUGCAUUUCCCCUAUAUACAAAACUAGCAACACAAUUGUUAGAAUAGAUUUAAGACAAUACUCACUGUCCUCUUCAACACAAUUAUUGCUUUUCCUAUGUUAAGGUACACUCAAUAACUUAACUGCAUUAAGGUACGUCACCAAAGAUUAAUUAUGUAAAGGUUCUGUACUUUUAGGAAUACAGCCUUUUAUAGCAAUAUUCUAGAACAGGGUGCCCGAAAGGUAGAUCCCCAGAUGUUCUAAACUCCAACUCCAUGAUGCUUUGCUUUUCUUUAGAAUGACACAGCAUCAUGGAAGCUGUAGUUUUAAAACAUCUGGGGACAUAACUUUUAGGCAGCCCUGUUCUAAACUAACCCUUCUUAGGUUAGUGUUGAAUAUCACAUAUGACAAUUUGCCCCUAAGUAUCACUUUUAUCACUAAAAUGUUUUACAGCAAUGGCAACCACAUAAAACCAAUCUUGUAUAGAAGUGAUUAAGCUAAUUUUUUAGCUUAGUUGUAUUGUGAAAGACUAUAUGGGCUCUAUGACCCCUUACUCCCUUGACGUGUCAGAAUAUGUGUAGUGUGUAUGAAAUUAAAACAAGUUUAGUUAAAUUAUUCUAUAUUGUACCUAUAAAUUUAUGGCAGUAAAAAUAGAAAUCC